GCAUUAUCUAUGCUUAUAGCGGCACAGCUGUGAUUGUCAGAAAAAGGGAGAAAAAAAAGAACUUUGAGUAAGGGAGUGCAAAAUCCAUGUAAAUUUAAAGGUUUGGAAAAUUGCAGCCAAUAGAGAUCUAAAAAAGUUUAAGUGAAAAUGCACAUCGUUUUGUAAAAAGUUCUGAUUUUGAAUAUAAAAACAAUUUUAUACAAUCAGACCGGGAAUAGGGGAAUAACAUCGCAUAGUCAUCCUCGAAAUCGCGAUUAUGGAACCGUCGGCCUGUGAAGGUAUUUACGAUUUAAAAGCAUUUGAACGGAGACUCACUGAAGUUGUAUCAUCGUAUGGACCAUCGACAAUACGAUGGCGAAUUCUUGCCAUUAUUUCCAUAUGCACAGCCAUAGGUGCCUAUUACUGGCUUCGAGAUCCUCGCACCUCUAUAGUGCCUCUAAUGGAGUCUUUGCUGUUGCACCCAAUAUUCACGUUUGCCACGCUCACACUAGUUAUUCUAUUUGUUUUGGGAAUUCACAGAUUGGUAUUUGCACCAAAAAUUAUCGCUACUCGGAUGCGCACCGUACUUAGUGAUUUCAACAUGAGUUGCGACGAUACGGGGAAGCUUAUUCUAAAACCUCGACCCAACAAUAAUUUGGACGGCAACGGACGUUAACCUAAGCACACACUGAUGCAAGGUAAACAUUUAACUUGCGACACAGCUGAAUGAGCAUAUAAGGCCACAACAACACUGCUUUACCGCUUUUAUGUUAUAGACAAAUGUUAAGGAAAGCGUUCCUGCUUUUGGAAUCCUCCGUUCAGGGAAUCUGAAAAACCAAUGUAUCCAAUUUACACCUGGAGGCGUGUGCUGUAACAUUAAAUGUCGCCUCGUUAAUUUUAGAUAGUGUUUAUGAAGUACCAUUACCUGUUAAUUAUAAGGAAUAUUCAGAGACGCUUGCUCGUACGUACUACCGUAUAUUUUGAUAUUUUUAAGUUAAGCUACAUACAUUAUUUGACUGUGAGCUAUGCAGUAAUAAGGUCUAUAUUCACGUAUUUCAAAAUUAAGCUAAACACUCUAUAACUCAAAACUUUGAAAUGAAAUAUUUUUAAUGAAAUCGGAUAGAUUUAUCAAUACAAAAAUGCGUUUUUUUUAUAUAA